CCUGGCAGUCUAAAGAGACAAAACAUGGCACUCGUAAUGCUUUUCAAAACAAGAGAAAAUAUCUGAAUAGAAGCAUGAUAGAUGAGGAAUUCAAGGUAAAAGCUUUGAAUUCAGACCUUUUUGAAUGAGAAAAUAAUUUUAAAAAGAGGACAAAAGAUCACAGUCAUUCUGUCAGAAGGAAAGUUAGAGAUAAUUCUAAGCUCUUUGGUUCAAAUUCGAUAACCCAGCAUUUACCUGAAUUUGCACAAGGCAAAAACAAGUAUAAACAAGGAUAAAAAUCGACUUAAUAGCUUGAAUAUUAGUAGAAUCUCUAUUAACGAUUCAUUCAACAAAAUGUCUUCUCCCUUGUGAGAGAACAAGACAAAAUUAAAAGAAAAGACAAAUUUUUAUCUGAAACAGCAGCUUGAUCCCCUCAGGGUGAAAGAACUUCUAAAUAGUAAAAUUUUGAGCAGUCCAAAAGGCUGGAAAGAGCCUAAUUACGCAAAUAUUUUCCGAAAUCUGAUAACAAGAUUACCAAAAGAACCUUUUUCUAAAGAGAAAUAAGCCAUGCAAGAGGAAGUACAAUAGCUCGUUUACACGGUCAUCUAUCUCUAGCAUGUACUAUGACAUCUCAAAGAUCAACCAGGACAAGUGCUUGGCAAGGCACUUUCUCCGACUAACUGAAAAACGGAGAGUUCCAGAGGUCAAAUUCAUGAACAAGGUUAUACAGGCUAAGAAUAUUGGGACUACUCAAGAGUACCUAAACAUUAACCUGAAAAACCUCAGGAAAAUCAAGAAUUGAAGAACCUGGAAGAAACCUGAUGGGCAAACUAAGAUAUUAUUUCAAAACUUCAGGCCAUUACCUGAAGAUGAUAAAUAAGAGCCACUUCAGACAAAUUAUUUUGAAAUUUGGGGUCACCAUCUGUGCUC